AUGUCUUCUGAACAACAGAUUAAUCAGAUGAUUCAGCAGGCUCUACAGACUGGCAACAGUUCUGAGGCCAAGAACAUUCUUCAGCAGGCAGCAUCCGCUUGUGAGCAGAAUAGGUUAAACCCAAACACUUACAGUCGUGUUCUUCUAGCUCUCGGAGAUGUUUUACUUAAAGAAGGAGAUGUCCAAAAUGCCGUUAACCAAUACAAGCGUGCAGCAGAACUUGAUGAAGUCGAUGGUAAAAUUGACAACCCAGAGGUUCAAAGAAAGCUCAAUUCAGUUCUCAAUAAUGUUACAGGACAGCUUCAUUCAUCAGUUGCUAAUGACAGUAAUGCAUCCCAAAAUGACAGAGACUUGAGUUCGAUGCUAUUGAACCAGAUCACAGGCUCGAGGAACUCAAACUCUUCAAAGUUUGCUAUGUUAGGCUCUCUUUUAUCUGGCUCUCAUGGAAAUCAGGGUAAGUCAGGAGGCUUUAUGAGCUUGAUUUCAUCCUUGUCGCAUUCUGGUGCAAAACCCCAACAGGUGAACCAGUCUGGCGGCUUCAAUUUGGGUUCCCUAAUGGGUGUAGCCGGUGGAGCUGGUCUUGGUGCCGGGGCAGCAAGUUCUGGAGGACUUGGUUCAAUGGUGAGUGGAUUGAUGGGUGGAGGAAAGCACAAUAAUUACGGAAACCAGAGUUAUGGAAACCAGGGAUAUGGAAACCAGGGAUAUGGAAAUCAAGGCUAUGGAAAUCAGAAUUACGGAAAUCAAGGAUACGGAAAUCAAGGAUUUGGAAACCAGGGUUACGAACAUCACGGCCGUAAGCAUCAUGGAAAUGACAACCAGAACUUUGGAAACCAGUUUCAAGAUGAAGGAAGGCGUCAUAAUGGCGGCUUUGGUGGAAUGGGCGAUGAUUUUGGUAAUGGUGGAAAUGAUGAGGGAAGAUUUGGAGGAUCAGGUCGCCCACCUCCUCAACAGGGAAAUAAUCAAGGUGGAGGCUUUAUGGAUAUGGCUCAGAGUUUUAUGGGGGGAAAUAACCAAGGCGGAAACGGUGGAAAUGGUGGAAUGGGUUCUAUGAUGAAUAUGGCCCAAAAUUUCAUGAACAAUCGCAGACAUUGA